AUGGCUCGGUCAACGAUUCUGUCACCCCUUCACGGGGAAAUCUCUUCUCUUCUUCGCCAAUCAGGAUCCUCCACGUCUCUCUUCCCUUCAGUUAGCCUGCUCCGCCGAGUUUCUUACCUAUCCGAUCCUCGGUACAGUCUUGCGCGAUUCCGUAAUAAAGCUACAUCCAGUCCGGGAGCUCCGCGUUGCUCGCUUUCCAAAGGAAUUUCGCAGCAUGGGGAUAGUUUGGAUCAUAAUUUCCAGCCGCGGAGUUUAAAGGCCGGGAGAGACAGCAGCGGGAAGAGGCGGGUAGUGUUGCCAGUAACUCGCGCUGCUGUUACAACUGGUAACCCGGUUGACGAAGGGUCUGGGAAUGCACCCGUUGGGCGAAAGAGUAACGCACAGCAGGCUGCAUUACACAGGAGCACGCUAGACAUGAUAAAGAGCGAGAAGUUGGGCAUUCUGUCUCUCAACACCUGGGUGGUGCACCACUUUCGCCACCUCGUGGCGCAGGUUAACGCGCUGGAGCCAGCAAUGCAGGCACUGACUGAUAAGCAGCUGCGGCGCAAGACACGCGAGUUCAAGAAGCGGCUGAAGCAGGGAGAGACACUUGAUGACAUACAGGCAGAGGCCUUUGCUGUGGUGCGCGAGGCGGCUCAGCGCACCCUCUGCAUGCGCCACUUCGAUGUGCAGAUUGUGGGAGGGGCGGUGCUGCAUGCAGGGGCAAUCGCAGAGAUGAAGACGGGUGAGGGGAAGACUCUGGUGUCCACGCUCGCAGCUUACCUCAACGCCCUCGUGGGCAAGGGCGUGCAUGUGGUAACUGUCAAUGACUAUCUGGCAAGGAGAGAUGCGGAGUGGAUGGGACGGGUGCACGGCUUUCUGGGGCUGUCAGUGGGGGUCAUUCAGCCCGGGCAGACUAAGGAGGAGAGACAGCUCGCAUAUGCUUGCGACAUCACCUACGGCAGUAACAACGAGAUUGGGUUCGACUACCUCAGAGAUCACCUGGUGCAAGACCCAAGCGAACGCACACUGAGAUGGCCGGACGCGCUCCACUACUCCAUUGUGGACGAGAUUGACUCGGUGCUUAUUGAUGAGGGCAGGAACCCCCUGCUCAUCAGCAACAUGUCCUCCUCCUAUGUCAUGCGCUUCCCAGUGGCGGCUAAAGUGGCAGAGAUCCUUCGACGGGACAUUGACUACACAGCGGAUCUGAAGCUGCGCACAGUACAGCUGACAGACUCGGGGGUGGCGAUUGUAGCAGAGAGCUUGAGGAGCGAGGAUGCUGCAGCAGAGGGGGAGGGAGAAGGGGAAGUGGGGGGACUGGGGGAAGGAGGGGACAGCUCAGAUUCAGAUGAUAUCUUUGAGAGCAGCAACUCGUUUGCGCAGUUUGUGCUGACAGCGCUCAAGGCGAAGGAGUUUUACCUGAGGGAUCGGGACUACAUUGUGAAGGACGGCCAAGUGAUUAUAGUGGACGAGUUCACGGGGAGAACAGCAGACAUGCGGCGGUGGAGCGACGGCAUUCACCAGGCUGUUGAGGCGAAAGAGGGCGUGGAAAUCAAGCCCGUGUCAGAAACAGUCGCCCAGGUGACCUACCAGUCGCUCUUCCGCCUUUACAGCAAGGUCUCUGGGAUGACAGGCACUGCCAAGACGGAGGAGGAGGAGUUCAAGCGAAUAUUCGGCAUGCCAGUGGUCGUCAUCCCUACCAACCGCCCCAACAUCAGAAAGGACCUGGACGUCGUUGUCUUCCUGCAAGCGCGCAACAAGGUGCAUCAUGUCAUCCAGGAGAUUGUCAAAAUGAACCAACUCGGCCGCCCCGUGCUUGUUGGCACAUCCAGUGUGGACGAGUCAGAGCGCCUGUACGCCAUGCUGCAGGUGGAGCAUCCUCGUCGGUUUGCCCACAUUCAAGUUCUCAACGCUCGGCCCGAAAAUGCAGCGCGUGAGGCUGAGAUCGUAGCGCAGGCGGGGCGGUUUGGAGGCAUCACCAUCUCCACCAACAUGGCUGGUCGCGGCACUGACAUUGUGCUGGGUGGCAAUCCCGAGCUCUUGAGCAAGGAGGUGGUGAAGUGGGCGCUCUUUGAAGCGCCAGCAGCUACAGCAGGGAAUUACUCCGCUUUCAAGAAGGGCCCACAUGCGAGGCAGGGGUUCUGGCCAAUUGAACUUCAAGAGGAUACGUUGAAAGAGCUCUACGCCGCUCAGUUCUCAUGGCGCAGCGUGGCAGCUGAUUGGUCGGAGGCGCAGCAGCAGGCAGUUCUAGAGCAGGCAGAGACACAGGCUUUAAGGCCCUCAGCCUCUCCUGGGGCCAGCGAGGGCAAGGAGGAGAGUUGGGAAUGGGGAGAGAGCAGGAAGGAAGCGGGUGCAGGGGUGUGGGAAGGGGAUCCUGCAGAGGACACAGGGAUGAGCCCUCUGCCUUGGAAAACCGGUGACAGUGACAGCACCAGCACCAGCAGUAUCAUCAACGGUAGCGCUAUCAGCAGCAGGAGUGGUGGUUUCAGCAGUAGCAGCAGUAGUGGGGAGGGGGAGGGGGAUGAGAGUGACGAGGACGAUGCAGACGUGUGGGGGGGAGGCGGAGGGGUGCUGGGGGUGCGGGCGGUGCCGCGGUCCAUGCAGGAGAUGGUGGUGCGGGUGGUGGGGCGGGCGCUGGGGCGGGUGAGCGCGGACUGCAAGGCGCACUGCCGGGAGGAGGGCGAGUAUGUGCGCUCGCUGGGGGGGCUGCAUGUCAUUGGGACUGCUCUGAGCGAGUCAAGAAGAAUCGACAACCAGUUGAGGGGAAGAGCCGGUCGCCAGGGCGACCCUGGGUCAACUCAGUUUAUCAUCAGCAUGGAGGAUGACAUGAUGAGGGAGGUGCUGCCAGACUCCUCUCGAGCCAUGCUGGAGCAGCUAUUGUACACGGGCGACUUCGACGAGGGAUUUCCCCACAUGGCGUUGACUCUUGCUUUGGUGCAAACGCAGAAGACCAUUGAAGCUGCCAUGUUCGAGCGGCGGCGGCAAAUGCUCGACUACGACCAGGUCUUUGAGCUGCAGCGCAAGCACGUGUACGAGCUGAGAGAAUCCAUUCUGGAGGAGUCUCCUCAAGUCCGGCACACACGCGCACAACUGUACAUCCAAGCAGUGGUGGAUGAUGUAGUCAAGGAAUACUGCUCACCCUCUAAGCCAGUGGCAUCAUGGCCUAUAGAUACCUUGCUCAAGCGCCUCUCUCGCACCACUGGCAUAG